AUGCCCCCGAAGCUAGGCCAGAUCGUGGAAACGAUCCUCUACACCUCAGACGUGGCCAGCCUGGCCAAAUGGUACAAGGACAUAAUGGGCAUCGUGCCAUUCCACGAGAACCCGCGAAGUGCCGGUUUCAGCCUGCCCAAUGACACAAUACUGCUCCUGUUCGAUCGAAACAAGACUAAACGAGAUAAAAUACUCCCCGCAGGCGUUAUUCCCAAGCACGGGACCGAGACGGGCCUUGGCCAGCACAUGGCGUUCGCGUGUGCCUCGCAUGAGGAGCUCUCACAGUGGGAGCAGCAUUUCAAGGACAAAAAUGUCAGCAUCAUCGCAAAAAUGAGUUGGGAGCUGGGCGGGAGGUCAGUCUAUGUAAAAGAUUGGGAAGGACAUGUAAUAGAGGUGAUGACGAGAGGUGUCUGGCCGGUAUAUUGA